AUGCUCUUUCGUCUUUAUUUUCUAAAUUAUUCUCACUCUUUUAUUUCUUUUUAUUUCGCUCAUAAUAUUUUACAAGCACAAUAUUUCUCUUGUUCUCACAUUUUCAGUCUCGUUCUUUCACUCUCUCUUCCUUUCUCUCUCUUCCUUUCUCUCUCUAUCUUUCUCUUUCCUUUCUCAUUAUUUUAUAUAAGCGCAUAUUCUUUCACCCUCUCUCGUAACACUACACUUUCGUACACCCAUUUUUGUGUGUCUCUCUCUCUAAUUAUUUUGCAUGAAAGCAACUUCUUUGUCACUCUCUCGAAACACUACUCUCACCCUUUUUCUCUUUCUCUCGUUUACUCCUCUCUCAGUUGUUCACCAUUUCUUUCACUUUCUGAUUAUUUGAGAUCAAUGAUUCUUCUUGCUAACUCUCUCUCUCUCUCACACACACUCUCAAAAUACCUUCUUUCGUUUCUCUUUUGGUCUAUCCAGCUUUCUCUUAGUACUUCACAUGAAAGCAUCAUCUUUCUCACUCUUUCGUACCACCUCUCUCUCUCUCUCUCUCUCUCUCUUUCUCUUUCUCUCUCUCUCUCUCUUUCUAUCUAUCUAUCAAUCUAUCUAUCUAUCUAUCUAUCUUCAUGUUUCAUUAGCACACAUAUCUAUUCUUCUCUGUUUCUGCUCGUCCAUUGUUCUCCUUUGUUCAUUUUUUAUUUCACAUCCAAUUAUUUCUUUCUCACUCUCUCUCUCGCUCGUCCAUCCCUCUCUCCUUUGUACUAUCUUUUUCUUUCUGUCUCUCCCAUUAUUUCACAUGAAAGCAUCUUCUUUCUCUCUCUCGCUCGUCCAUCCCUCUCCCCUUUGUACUAUCUUUUUCUUUCUGUCUCUCCCAUUAUUUCACAUGAAAGCAUCUUCUUUCUCACUCUCUCGUACACCUCUCUCUCUCCUUUGCUAUCCCUCUCUCCUUUGAUCUGUCUUUCUCUUUCUGUCUCUCUCUUUAUUUCAUAUGAAAGUAUUUUCUUUCUCACUCUUUCCUACACCCCUCUUUCCAUUGUUCUCUCUGUCUCUCUCUUAUUAUUUCUCAUGAAAGCAUCUCCUUUCUCACUCUCUCGUAACACUAUCUAUAUCUGUAACUCUCGUACGCUAUCUCUUCAUUAUUUUCUGGGUCACUUUCUUUCACUCUCACUCUCACUCCUCCUUUUACUCUCAUUAUUUAAGUCACUUUCAUUAUUUCACAGGCACAAUUCGCAUCUUCUUUUUCACUCUUUCGUACACCCCUCUUUCCAUUGGUCUCCCCCUCUCUUUCUCUCUAUCUCUCUCUCUAUCUCUCUUAUUAUUUCACAUGAAAGCAUCUAUUUUUUCACUCACUUCUACACCCGUCUCUCUUUCGAUCUGUCUUUCUCUCUCUCUCUCUCUCUCUCUGACUCUCAUACGUUCUUCCUCGUCCUUAUUUUCCCUUACAGCUUACGUCUUUUUUCUCUUUUCUCCUUUUCUCUCACUCCUUUCUCUCUCUCUCUCUCUCUCUCUGACUCUCAUACGUUCUUCCUCGUCCUUAUUUUCCCUUACAGCUUACGUCUUUUUUCUCCUUUCUCCUUUUCUCUCACUCCUUUUCUCUCUCUCUCUUUCUCUCUCUCUCUUUCUCUCUCUCUCUCUCUCUCUCUGACUCUCAUACGUUCUUCCUCGUCCUUAUUUUCCCUUACAGCUUACGUCUUUUUUCUCUUUUCUCCUCUCUCUCUCUCUCUCUCUCUCUCUGACUCUCAUGCGUUCUUCCUCGUCCUUAUUUUCCCUUACAGCUUACGUCUUUUUUCUCCUUUCUCCAUUUCUCUCACUCCUUUUCUCUCUCUCUCUCUCUCUCUCUCUUACUCUUUCAUUCUCUCUCUUUCUCUCUUUCACAAGUUUACACACACACACUCACCCUUUUUCUCAUUUUCUAUUGCCCGAACUCUUUCUCUCCUUUUAAUUCGUUCUCUUUUACUAUUUCAUAUGCUCGUUUCUUCAUUCUCACUCUCUCUUACACACACACACACACUCUCUCUCUCUCUCUCUCUCUCUCUUCUUUGUUAA